CCGGCUCCCUCAUUUUUGGUCUCCCUUCUGUUUCCCCUUCUCAGCUUGCCUUUCUUCUCCAACACAGCCAUUGCUCCAAGCCUCAGCAGCUCAACCUCUUCUUCCCCUUCCACUUCUGGCUCAAGAGCUCAUUCCAGCAUCUCAAGCUCACCUUGUCUCCAAUCUCGCUUCUCUUCAUCUUCGCUUCCUAUACUAUCUGGCAAGAUUCUUGUUUUAGCCUGAAAAGAGAUGGAAAGCUCGUCAAUCCGUUAGUAUGUUCUUGUUCUGGCUCUACUUUUCCAUCUAGAUCUUCCACAUGCAGUCCUUGUUCCUGAUCUUUUUCUGCAUUUCCGAGCACCCAUUUGAGAGGAUCUGAGAACGGCCCCCCCGAAGCUACUGUUAUUCCUUCUUGGGUGCUGAAAAAAUCAAGCCCCCUCGUAGACGAAAUUCCAUCAGCUCAUGCAAUCAGCACACUAGCAGACAGAUCAAUUAUGAAUAACCCUCGAGUUCAGGCGAAGAAGGAACAUUUAGGAGGAGCCGUUUUCUCUUCAUCUUCUUCUCCGGUCACUGUGAAUGCAAUUCCUCAGCCGAUUGAGGGCCUCCAUGACUUGGGCCCGCCUCCAUUUCUCACCAAGACGUAUGAGAUCGUGGACGACCCAGCCACCAACCACAUAGUCUCUUGGAGCAAAGGCAAUAACAGCUUUGUGGUGUGGGAUGCUCAGGCCUUCGCCAUGUCCCUCUUGCCCAGAUACUUCAAGCACAACAACUUCUCUAGCUUCAUCAGGCAGCUCAACACCUAUGGCUUUAGAAAGGUUGAUCCAGAUAAGUGGGAGUUUGCUAACGAAGGGUUCCUAAGGGGGCAAAAAUAUCUCCUUAAAAACAUCAGGAGGAGAAGAACAACUCAUCUAGCACCCCACAAUUCACAGCAAGUGCUCGACCCGUGUGUUGAAGUAGGCAGAUUUGGGCUCGACGGAGAGAUCGACCGGUUGAAGCGUGACAAGCAGGUCUUGAUGAUGGAGCUGAUCAAGCUUAGGCAGCAACAGCAGACCUCCAAGAGUUGUCUCCAAGUGAUGGAACAAAGGCUCAAGAAGACGGAAAUGAAGCAACACCAGAUGAUGAACUUCUUGGCGAGAGCAAUGAAGAAUCCUGAUUUUCUACAGCAAUUGGUCCAACAGAAGGACAGCAGGAAGGAGCUCGAGGAAGUGCUAGGGAAGAACAAGAGGAGGUGCUCCAUUGAUCAAGGGCCAAGUAAUGUGAGCCUUUGCGAUGAUGAUGAUCAACCUGUCCAUGAUAAUGAACCAAGUAUUGGUACUUUUGCUAAGGUUGAACCUCAAAAUUAUGGAGACAUCGGUGAAUUUAAAAGGUUUGAGCUUGAGAAAAUUGUUGUGGACAUGGAUGGAGGAAUCGGUGCAAGUCGAUGUAAUAACAUAGAGGAGGAUCAAAUAGGAUUAGUAGAAGAGAAUGAAAAUAGAGGUAAUAAAGCACUUGAUGAAGUCUUUUGGGAAGAUUUGUUCCAUGAGGGCAACGAACAAACCGGUUUACUUGGUGUUGGAGAUGAAGAGGAUGGGGAAGACAUGAAUAUCUUGGCUGAGCAACUGGGAUACUUGAGCUCUAUUCCGUAACUUGAGCGAAGCAUAAAGCUUUGUUUGAGUGAUCCUUCCAUAGAUGAUUGACCCGAUUUGAGGAAACCAAGCUAUAUGCCAGCUCUUACGUUGUUGGUUUAGUGCAUUCGUGGAUAGUUAACCUUCUCUUGGGCUUUAUGGAUUAAGUAUGUGUUGAAAAAUAACACUCAUAACUACAAGGCCUUUCGAUGGAAGUGCCAAUUCUUUUGACUGGAGAUUAAUGACAGACUUCACAGAUCAGCUUCUAAAGUGUAUGCGAAGGUGCUCAUAUCACUUAGUUACUCUUUGGACAAGAUCCUCAGUUUUAGAGAACAAGGUGGGUGGAGUCUAUCACAAUUUAGGAACGAGAUCGGCUUGUGCGUUCCAAGUUCAUGAAAAAAUGCCUGAGCGUUGACUCGCCAUGGUCUCGCAACUGGAAUGGCUAAUGUUCAUUGUUAUUUUUCUUCACCAACGUUGUUCCAUCAUCUGACUUUUUCCAACUGAACGUGCAAGCUGUAUUUCCAACUUGUUAUCCAAUUCUCAUUGUGCCUUGUGUGAUUUAUCUUGAGCAUACUGUCCAUAUAUGGUAGUCUUAGA